GCGCUCCCAGCGCGCAUGCGCACGCGGGCCGACGUCCGCCCGCGCCGGGGCUCGCGCACCGACAUGGCGGCGGCCGGUGGCAGCGGCGGCCCGGAGCGGCCGGACACGGCGGUGCAGCGGGCGGAGCUGGGGCCGCUGCUGGCCACGGCCCUCAGGCCGGGGGAGUCCUGGUACCUGGUGGACAGCCGGUGGUUCAAGCAAUGGAAGAAGUAUGUGGGCUUCGACAGCUGGGACAUGGCCGGCGCGGACGAUCCCUGCCUGUUCCCUGGGCCGGUGGACAACUCUGGUCUGUUUAGCGAUCCAGAAAGUCAGAGUUUAAAAGAACACCUCAUCGAGGAGCUGGAUUAUGUAUUGGUUCCCACCGAAGCCUGGAAUAAACUGGUAACGUGGUAUGGCUGCAUAGAAGGACAGCAGCCUAUUGUGAGAAAAGUAGUGGAGUAUGGUCUGUUUGUGAAGCACUAUAAGGUUGAAGUUUAUCUUCUUGAGCUGAAGUUGUGUGAGAGCAGUGAUCCUGACAAUGUAAUUAGCUGCCACUUUAGCAAAGCAGAUACUGUUGCUACCAUUGAGAAAGAAAUGAGAAAACUAUUUAAUAUCCCAGCUGAGAAGGAAACCAGGCUAUGGAACAGGUAUACCAGUAACACUUACGAGCAGCUCAGCAAGCUGGACAGCACUGUGCAAGACGCGUGGCUCUAUCACGGUCAGGUUGUUCUAAUAGAAGUGAAAAAUGAAGAUGGCACGUGGCCUGGGCAACAUUUCCUGGCAAAAUCAAGCACUGCAACUAGCAGAAACUUUACUACCUCUUCAAAAUCAUCAGCAAGUUCUUAUUCCUCAGUGUCUGCCACUUCUGGCAUUACUAACGGUGAUAGCAGUAACUCCUAUGGACUGAACAGCUCCCACUUGGGCAGGGGAGGCUCUGGAUUUGUCUCUAACUCUUACAACUGCAGGGACGGUGCUUCCCUGUCACAGCCUGGGCUCUGCGGACUCAGUAACCUUGGAAAUACCUGCUUCAUGAAUUCUGCGUUACAGUGUCUGAGCAAUACCCCCCCUCUGACUGAAUAUUUCCUGGAAGAUAAAUAUGAAGCUGAAAUAAAUCAGAACAAUCCACUGGGGAUGAGAGGAGAAAUUGCAGAAGCCUAUGCAGAGCUCAUCAAACAGAUUUGGUCUGGGAGACACUCUCACGUGGCCCCACGUAUGUUUAAAACGCAGGUUGGACGAUUUGCUCCUCAGUUUUCAGGAUAUCAGCAGCAAGAUUCGCAGGAGCUCUUGGCUUUUCUGCUAGAUGGCUUGCACGAGGAUUUGAACAGAGUGAAGAAGAAGCCCUACUUGGAGCUGAAGGAUGCCAAUGGCAGGCCCGAUUCGGAGGUGGCAAAAGAGGCCUGGGAGAAUCACAGACUGAGGAAUGAUUCUAUCAUUGUGGAUAUUUUUCAUGGUCUUUUCAAAUCCACCCUUGUUUGUCCCAAGUGCUCCAAAGUUUCUGUGACCUUUGAUCCCUUCUGUUACUUAACCCUUCCCCUGCCCUUGAGGAGAGAUCGUCUCAUGGAAGUUACCCUGGUAUAUGCAGACCCACAGCACAGACCUGUCCAGUACCGGGUCGUGGUGCCAAUGAUGGGAGCCAUCUCGGAUCUGUGUGAGUCGCUCUCCAGACUCUCUGGUGUCCCUGCAGAAAAUAUGGUGGUGACAGACGUGUAUAAUCAUCGGUUCCACAAAAUCUUCCAAAUGGAUGAAGGUUUAAAUCAUAUCAUGCCAAAAGAUGACAUCUUUGUAUAUGAAGUUCGCAAGCCAAGUGAGGAUGGCACAGAGUGUGUUACUCUCUCUGUUUAUUUUCGGGAGAAGACAAUGAGGCAAUCCAGCAGUACUUCAGCGACCAUGCUUUUUGGUCAGCCGCUGCUAAUAUCUGUGCCGAAACACAAGCUCACUGUGGAUCACUUGUACAGUGUGAUUUUGGAGCAGAUCAGCCGCUAUGUGAAACUACCUUUGGCAGAAGAAUACUCUACACCCUGCCCAGACAAAGGAACCUGCAAUGGCUCCAAUGGUGUGGUUGAAGGUGAUGUUGAAGAGAUGGAGCAUCAGGAUGGCGGACAGGAAGGCAAGGAGAAGAUGGCAGAAGCUGAUUCCUGCCACUCUGAGGGUUGUAUGCAGAUCGAGUCAGCAAGAGACCUGCAGCCCUGCAAGAAGCAGUAUUUCACUUUUAGCCUUGUAAAUUCCUCUGGGACCUCUGAGAUAAACUCUGUUGUAGAAGGAAAAAUCUUAAAACUGAAUGCUUUUUCUGUACUUGCUGUUGACUGGGAUUCUGAUACACGGAGGCUACUUUUUGAUGAACAGGAGGCACAGGCAUUUGAAAAACAUGGGAGUAUGUUACAACCCCAGAAGAAGAAAGCUGUGGUAGCCCUCAGAGACUGCAUAGAGCUCUUCACCACUAUGGAAACGCUUGGUGAACAUGACCCGUGGUACUGCCCUAACUGUAAGAAACAUCAACAGGCCACAAAGAAGUUUGACUUGUGGUCUUUGCCCAGGAUUCUGGUCGUGCAUUUAAAACGCUUCUCAUACAGCAGAUACUGUAGGGAUAAGCUUGACACUGUUGUGCUAUUCCCUAUCAGGGGUUUAAACAUGUCAGAGUUUGUCUGCGACCCAAGAGCAGGCUCGUACGUGUAUGACCUCAUUGCAGUUUCCAAUCACUAUGGAGCCAUGGGAGUGGGCCACUACACUGCCUAUGCAAAGAACAAGGUGAACGGCAAGUGGUACUACUUUGAUGACAGCAGCGUAUCAGUGGCUUCGGAAGACCAAAUAGUGACAAAAGCUGCCUAUGUGCUGUUUUACCAGCGCCGAAACAGUGAGGAACAUACUGUCCCAUCUCCUCCCCAAGAAGAGUGUGAUGGCAUGGAUACCAGCUAAACAUCACCUCCGGCACUCAGCCACCUGUUAGUGGUUGCUCUUCUAGAGCCGUGCCUGAGGCAUAUGAAAAUUUUUCUUCCUUCUGUAGGAAUGAAGCAGAAAACUAGCACUGAAAGAUUUGGUGCUGGGGGGUUGCAGAAUAGCACUGGAGAGCCAGGAAUAGGAGCUGACACUUGGGUAUUUAGAGGCCAAAAAUAAUAUAUAUUGGAGCUUCAAUAAAGUUCUUUUUAAACUCUGGCUGAGCUGCGUGGCUAGAGGCAGGGGCUGGGCCGUGGGUCUCGGGCCGAGGGUUGCAGCUGGGUUUGGUAGAGCACAGCCUGAGCUGAGCGCAGCUCACAGCUGAGUUUUACAGGGGCCUGUGGAGGAGCGUGGUGGGUCCGAUGCUGAAUCAGCAUGGGGGCUGCUUGCCAGCCCUCUAUUGCUGUUGUGCCCUGCCUGUGCCAGGGAGCCGUGCUGCACCCUUUCUGGAAGCUCAGUUCAAAUCUUUGUACAUCUGACCUGUCUCUUGCCAUCUCUGCCAUCAUACUUUGGUCCCCUUGCUGCAUAGCAAAGGUUUCUCUUUCUUCUGUCGUUUCAUUGAUGCAUUUGAGAUUCUUCUGGGUGGUUUUGACUCAGCCUUUUUAAUGUGAAUGCUGAAUCCUGUAAUGUAGGAAACUUAACCAGAAGCGAGUCAUCCCUGCCUGCAUGGCUGGCAUACGUGCCAGCUGGUCCGCACCGCAAUGGCAGGUACUGCUGCUCUGGUUCCCAUUCUUCUGCACAGAAAACAUCAUCCAUAGGUUGGCGGUUUCUUGGUCUCUCCACCCAUCUCCUACACCGCUCACUUCCAGGCUGCUCUGUGAGCACUUUUCUGCCUCCACCAUUUCUCUUAUGGUUUGUGCAGUGGCAGCAUUUGUAUCCCUUUUUUUUUUUAACCUUGUUUAUGUUUUUCUUUGGAACUUUUUCUCCAGCAAAGCUCAGCACUGUGUCCCUAGAGCUGUCACCUGUAAGGAUGACAGCCCAAUGCAAUGAACUGUGUGUUUUCAGCCUUUUCUCUUGCAAUUUUUGUUUGUGCAGACUGCUCUUCCAGCCUUUCUCCUCUUCCCUUGAGCGCUGCCCUUUAGGUCCCCCACCCUGUCAUCUGCUGUGAGGCUGCGGGUCUGGACGUCCCAUCCGAGGUCUCUCCCAGCUGCUCAAUAGUUGUGCUCCUUCCUUCCAGUGCAACUCGCAAAUGCUCUUCCCUCUGUUCUCUGCUGGCUGUGUUCCUUGUGGGACUCAAGUCCAGAUUUCUUCUUGACUGGAGAUUCCCAUUAGAGUAGAUCAGGUCAGUCCUCACUAUAGAAGUGGUCUUCCGUGUGAAAAAUUGAGAGCCUUAGUCUGUGUUUUUUCCAGGAAAGAUCUAGCACAAGGCGGUGAACCAAACAGGAGGGUUUUUCCUUCUCAGAGCCAAGUACGUUGGCAGAACAGAGGCUAACCCAGGCUGCUGCCCUGCUUUUUGUUGUUUCCCUGCCAAACGCAUGUGUGCAGCCAUGACCUUCUCUUGGGAUAGUCAGCGUAACAACCAUCACCCUUUUAACUCCAGAUACGUCAGCUCAGCUCCCUUUCCCAGCUCUCGUGACAGUCCCCACAGCCAGUCGUUGUGCCCGUCGCUGCAGCUCCGCUGUGCCGCAGCCCAGCCAAAGCCAAAGCCCCGGCUGCCCCACCAGGCCUGGGGUCCGCGUCUGCAGAGCUUGGCUUUUAAAGCAUUGCAAUUUGAAUUUUGAGAUCAGAAUUCCUUAAUUGCUUCUGCUGUUCUGGUUUUGGGGGUGUUUGGCAUCUUUAAAACUCUUAUUUCUGCUUUUUUUUUUUUUCCUCGUUACUGAGGGGAACAUGCAAAAAGCAAUUUUUUUUAAGCUGUAGCACUGCACUGAAUUACUCUGAUCAGCACUUUUUUUUAGUUUUAUCCUGAAAGAAAAUCAGGUGGGCAUUCCAAAAUGGGAAAGAGAGGGGAGUAAGAGACCUUAUUAGAAGGAAAAUCAGUCUGAAAUAGCCUUUUUUUCUCCUCCUCGCCUCCAUACCUGUGCUGACACAAACGCGUCAGUGGGGCUAAAUCUCUGAUGCUCAGAUGCUGAACAGACUCUUGUUCUGCAGAAAAAGUGGCCCAGUUCUUUCUUUCUCUGCCUCUGAGCUGUUGGGCUUUGGCUGGUGUGUGUGUGCUGUAAUACCAGACCUGUUUUUUAGACUAGCACUUUGUAAGUGACUGGCGCUGUUGUACAAAGAGGAAAAUUAAAGAGUGGUUUGCACUGAAA